CCGGUUCCGGCCGGGCCUCCGGAGGUGGCGGCUGCGGAGGCCGACCGAGAGCAUGCCUGUGGUAUGACGCAUGCAGAUACUCUACCUACGUGUUUGGCCAUGAAGGAGACAGACCGGGAGGCUGUUGCUACAGCAGUCCAGAGGGUCGCCGGGAUGCUCCCGCGCCCAGACCAGCUGGACAAAGUGGAGCAGUACCGCAGAAGGGAGGCCCGGAAGAAGGCCUCUGUGGAGGCCCGGCUGAAGGCUGCCAUCCAGUCACAGCUGGACGGGGUGCGCACAGGCCUGAGCCAGCUCCACAGCGCACUGAGCGACGUCAAGGACAUCCAGCAGUCGCUGGCUAACGUCAGCAAGGAUUGGAGGCAGAGUAUCAACACCAUCGAGAGUCUCAAGGAUGUGAAGGAUGCGGUGGUUCAGCAUAGCCAGUUAGCUGCGGCUGUGGAGAACCUGAAGAACAUCUUCUCAGUGCCCGAAAUUGUGAGAGAGACUCAGGACCUGAUUGAGCAAGGGGCCCUCUUGCAGGCUCACCGGAAACUGAUGGACCUGGAGUGUUCCCGGGACGGCCUGAUGUGUGAGCAGUACCGCAUGGACAGCGGGAACACAAGGGACAUGACCCUCAUCCACGGCUACUUCGGCAGCACACAGGGGCUCUCGGAUGAGCUGGCCAAGCAGCUGUGGAUGGUGCUGCAGAGGUCACUGGUCACCGUCCGUCGCGACCCCACCUUACUGGUCUCUGUGGUCAGGAUCAUUGAACGGGAGGAGAAAAUCGACAGGAGAAUUCUUGACCGAAAAAAGCAAACUGGAUUUGUUCCUCCUGGGAGGCCCAAAAACUGGAAGGAGAAAAUGUUUUCCAUCUUGGAGAGAACUGUGACAACUAGAAUUGAGGGCACACAAGCAGACACCAGGGAGUCUGACAAGAUGUGGCUUGUGCGCCACCUGGAGAUCAUCAGGAAGUACGUCCUUGAUGACCUUAUUGUCGCCAAGAACAUGAUGGUGCAGUGCUUUCCUCCCCAUUAUGAGAUCUUCAAGAACCUCCUGAACAUGUAUCACCAGGCCCUGAGCACACGCAUGCAGGACCUUGCAUCCGAAGACCUGGAGGCCAAUGAGAUCGUGAGCCUCUUGACCUGGGUCUUGAACACAUACACCAGUGCAGAGAUGAUGGGGAAUGUGGAAUUGGCCCCAGAAGUGGAUGUCAGUGCCCUGGAGCCUCUGCUCUCUCCGAAGGUGGUUUCUGAGCUGCUGGACACGUACAUGUCAACUCUUACUUCCAACAUCAUUGCCUGGCUGCGGAAAGCACUAGAAACAGACAAGAAAGACUGGAGCAAAGAGACAGAGCCAGAAGCUGACCAGGACGGCUACUACCAGACAACACUCCCUGCCAUCGUGUUCCAGAUGUUUGAACAGAAUCUUCAAGUUGCUGCUCAGAUAAGUGAAGAUUUGAAGACAAAGGUACUGGUUUUGUGUCUUCAGCAAAUGAAUUCUUUCCUAAGUAGAUACAAAGAUGAGGCCCAGCUGUACAAAGAAGAGCACCUGAGGAACCGGCAGCAGCCACACUGCUACGUGCAAUACAUGGUCGCCAUCAUCAACAACUGUCAGACCUUCAAAGAAUCUAUCAUCAGUUUGAAAAGAAAGUACUUAAAAAAUGAAGCCGAGGAGGGUGUUUGUCUGAGCCAGCCAAGCAUGGAUGGGCUUCUGGAUGCCAUCGCCAAGGAGGGCUGCAGCAGCCUGCUGGAGGAGGUCUUUCUGGACUUGGAGCAACAUCUAAAUGAGCUGAUGACAAAGAAGUGGCUACUCGGGUCAAAUGCUGUGGACAUCAUCUGUGUCACUGUGGAGGACUACUUCAAUGAUUUCGCUAAAAUCAAAAAGCCAUAUAAAAAGAGGAUGAUGGCCGAGGCCCACCGGCGUGUGGUGGUGGAGUACCUGCGGGCCAUCAUGCAGAAGCGCAUCUCAUUCCGGAGCGCGGAGGAGCGCAAGGAAGGGGCCGAGAAGAUGGUCAGGGAGGCGGAGCAGCUCCGCUUCCUGUUUCAAAAGCUGGCGUCUGGAUUUGGUGAAGAUGUGGAUGGACACUGCGACACGAUUGUUGCCGUUGCAGAAGUUAUUAAGCUCACAGACCCAUCUCUGCUGUACCUAGAAGUCUCAACUCUGGUCAGCAAAUACCCGGAUAUCAGAGAUGAUCACAUUGGCGCACUGCUGGCUGUGCGGGGAGACGCCAGCCGGGACAUGAAGCAGACGAUCAUGGAGACACUGGAGCAAGGCCCCGCGCAGGCAAGCCCCAGCUAUGUGCCCAUCUUCAAAGAGAUCGUCGUGCCCAGUCUGAAUGUGGCAAAGCUCCUGAAGUAGCUUUGUCAUGCAGCUCAUGUCUCAUCUCAGAAGUGCAUUAAAGAAAGUCACUCUCUAGGAA